GUAAUUGUAGCCACAGAAACAACAACCAAAAAGAUGCUAGGUAUGCCCACACCCUCCUCUUCGUCACGGCAGCGCGCUUGCCGUCACUUCAGCGCUGCAGCUCGAAACUCGUUCAGUAGACGACCUGCGCAUCAACAACAUUCGUCUUCUAGCUCUCAUGGAGUACAUCAACAGCAUCAACAGUUUCCUCAGCCAGUUUCCUCAAGGGAUCGUUUCGCGCCUGCCCCAACAGCAACCUCAGCUCUGGAACAGUUUCCUUUACCCAAGUACAUGGAUUCGCAGACUCUGGGACGGGCAGCGCAGGUGAGCCAGAAGGAAAACGUGUCAUCUGCCCCCUUGUGGGACGCCUUGUUCGAUCAAGCCGAAGCCUUGUUAGACAGGAACUUACUGGAGCCAAAGGACCUGUCACUCCUCCUCUGCUCAGCCUUCAAGCUGAAUCCAGUACAAAAACGGUAUAGGCUUGGAGUAGGAGGUGUGGGUGGGUUAUUACGGGAUAGACUAGUGGAACGGAGUAAGAAAGACGGUCAAGAAGAAGCUUCUGUAGGAGGUGUGGGUGGAAAAGAACCGAGGUCGACAUCAUCAUCUUCGAGUAGAAGUACAACUACUUCUAGCAGUGGCACAACUUCGCCAGAAGGAAGGCCGACCAACUGUUCUUCUAGUACAACUACAACCUCAGCAGCUCUGCAAAAGCAGCAACGUGCAGGCGAGUUGAUGUAUCGUUUUUAUCGAUUCUUUAUUCAGCGCUUAGUGUAUUUCAACUCCUCACAGAUUGCAUUGAUAUUAUCUGCUUUUGGCAAGAUAUCUCUCUUUGGUUCCGGAGCAUCGUCGUCAGGAGCGUCGUCGUCAGCAGCAUCGUCAGGAACAGGAGCUGGCACAGGAGAUUCGACCACUGCUGCUAGGUCGACCACGACUGCUGCUAGAAGAAGUACCGCUGAAGUGCGCUACAAUGAGGUAGAAGGUGAACAAAAUAACUCUACUUCUCGUCCUCGUCCGACAAACUAUGCCACAGAGGACGGAGACAAUGUUGACCAAGAAAUCCUAGUCCGGGAGCUGCGCCAACGGCUGGGCGAUUUCGAGCAGAGUACGGAAAUAACGAUGCUUGUCAACGCCCUGGUGAAACUGAGGAUAGCCGAUGCUUCUCUCUGGGAACGGCUGUGCUGCCACGUCCACUCUCGAUUGACAAUCGACGCGUAUCAUGUGCGAGACCUAUCAGUGUUGGCGAAGGCUUUUGCAGAUGGGUGGGAUCUUUGCAAAGGACAAGAGGACUCUGCAAGUUCUGCAAAUAGUACACCCUCUUCAGAGUCGUCUAAGGAGGAACAAACGGAUACCACGGAUCCUCAGACCGCACGCCGAGAUAUGCUUUUGCGCGUCAGACUCGGUCUGAUCCACAUGAAGCUGUUUCAGAAAUUCGCAUAUCAAUUAAGGCUAGUUGUGGUCCCGCUGACGCAUCCCGAGGAGCAUCCUCUUGGUCCUUGGCUUCUUUUUGCAGACUCUAAUUAUAAAGAACUUAUACCCCGUGAGUGGGUACAUCUAUCUAUCUAUCUAGGAGAAAGAAGUGUGGUCCAAGGCUGAUAUCCAAGGCUCUGGCUCUGAAGGAAGAUGCGCCGUGGUAGCUCGUCUAAAUGAAGCCCGCUUCACCUUUGAGGAGGCUACACCUUUAGAACUCGCCAGGUUAGUGGAUGCUUUCGGCAGAACCAUAACAACAAGCACAACUUCUGCUAGGAAGAAUGAUUACAAAGAGGCAAAGCAAACGCUCGAAGAGUCAGUGAAUAAGGUGCAAGAGGAUCUAGCAGUGUUUGCGGAAACGUGUAUUCAAAGUUGUGGAGCUAGACUGGUGUGGCAAAGCCCGGCUGAACUCGCGACAGUGGCAUAUGUGUUUGCGGAUAUUUUAUGGGAAGUAACUUGUUUGCUUGCGAGUUAAUUCGCGUAUAUCCAAUGAUUUUUUUUUACCAUGUCGGGAAGUGCAACCAUUUCGCUUGUCUGUGGAUAAAAAUACAUCAUUUUUGAAUUUUGCAAGUUCCACCAUGCUUCUGUUGAAUUUCUGCCGUCUAAUACUCCUCGCCUUCCACCGUGAUGUCCUCCAGCAAGAAUUGAGGGGGUGGGAGAAGCGAGAGCAGGAAGAUAUCCAGGUCGCUGAAGGAACCCGUCUGCAAGAGAUGACUCCAUCAUCGCCUGUUCAACAAGAAAAAAACCUAGUCCGAGCACGCGCAAGAGUACGCCUGUUGAGGGAGUUGCAUUCGCAAGUCAGGAAAUACGCUUUGACGAACAUGCACUUGUUCGCAUUGACAGACCUGCAGUCUCUUCUCGUGGUGUGGUCUCGCUGGGACAUAUCUGUCCCUCUAAAAGACUUGCGGCUUUUCGUCCAGAGAGCAGCAGUGUUGCUGAACACAGCAAUCGCGACGGAUAAGAGCCGAUACAACGUCAGUGCUCGGGGUGGUUCAGUGUCUUCAGUGAAGAAUAUUAAGGGUAGGUUAAAGGUGCUUUUCUUUUUCUUACCGCUUUUUAUGCCUCUCUCCCUUAGGAAGCGAAAGGCAUAACAAGCGGGGUAAGCGAGCACCAAAAACCUACCUCUAAGAAUAGUACAGCAGGCACUUCGGUCGGAAGUGGAAGUGGUAAACAGCAACAAAGCGGGGGAGGAAGCAGCACGCCAACAUCGUCGUCGGAGGUCAAGUUGACGCCAUCACGUCGUUCUCAGAUCCUAAACGAGGCUGAGGAGUUGUGUAAGCUACUCAACUCUGCAGCUUUGCUUUUCAGCAGAGCAAAAAAUGAGAUCAAGGACGACGACCAGACCGACUAUGGAACGACCACGAGCUUUUCGGCUUUCGCAGAUGCAGUCCUAAAUCGAUGGCUCCAACAUCUAGAGAAGUGUCCAGAGCACCUGGGCAACCUGGCUGACGUGGACUUCCUCAGGCUCGCGGAUAGUUUCACAUUGCUCACGACAACUUCCACAGCAACGACUUCAGCAUUCUCGUCGGGUUCUUUAGCAAGCAGCAGCAACCUCAUAGUCGUGGACCCACAAGAGUCGCUCUUCAACCGUUGCUUCUUCAGCGGAAGAAACAGUAAUGGAUCAGGCGUGCACAAUGAUGAAGGGGAAACUCCUGAAGGUUGUUCCAUCGCUUCUCGCCUAGCUCCCUUACUGGAGCGAAAACUACUAGGAACAAAUGGAAAGUCACUAGCAUUAAGAGCUGACUUGCUGUUGCGCACUCGCUAUGCGCGACACCUGGAGAAGGCAAGAUUAGAUUCUCGCUUGGAUGAUGUUUUGCAUGCGCUGGAAGCGCCGAAAGAAGAGGCACCGAGAGAAGAGGAUGCAGCAUAGAUAACUAAGGGAAGCAUUUAUCUAAGCAGCUGUUGAAAAAAUCUAGAGAAAACUUUGCGACGCGGAAAGAAGAGGAUGCAUCAUAGAUAAGGGAAGCUUUACCAUCAAAACUGCUGUUGAAACAAAUCUAGAGAAAAAAAGUUUAUAAGGGGGGCUGAAGAAUAAAACGACAAAGCGACACCUAAUGAUACAUUUAUCGUAACAAACUCGAAGAAUCAAUAUCUAUGAGAAUUAUAACACCUUGAUCUUGAUAACUCACAUGGCAAACUGACACGUAUGAACAAGACACGGGGAUGGCUUCUGAUGCUUGUGAUGCUUCCUCGUAUGGACUUAUGGACACGCAUACAAUUGAAAAUAUGGCGGGAUGUUGAGAAGAUGAUGAUACAAAGCAAGCUAGCCCUAGCAGAU